CUCAGUAUGGCAGUUGCGCAGUGGCGCCUAGACAGCUGGGUGGGGGCGGGGGAGCUGCCACCCCGACAGGCCCCAGACCUGUGAGGGGAGGCCCCUCCUAUAUUAGCCCAGAGGGAAAGAAAGAGCUGGGGAGAUCCGGAACCGGGUGGCCUUCGUCCUUCAGGUGAAACAUCGUGCGCUAUGGGAAAGAAAACCAAGCGAACAGCCGAUAGUUCAUCUUCAGAGGAUGAGGAGGAGUACGUCGUGGAGAAGGUGUUAGACAGACGCGUGGUUAAGGGCCAAGUGGAAUACCUACUCAAGUGGAAAGGCUUCUCUGAGGAACAUAAUACCUGGGAGCCUGAAAAAAACCUGGACUGCCCUGAAUUGAUCUCAGAAUUUAUGAAAAAAUACAAAAAGAUGAAGGAAGGUGAAAACAAUAAGCCCCGGGAGAAAUCAGAAAGCACCAAGAGAAAAUCCAGCUUUGCCAACAGUGCUGAAGAGAUCAAGUCAAAAAAAAAGAGAGAGCAGAGCAAUGAUAUUGCCCGGGGCUUUGAGAGAGGACUGGAGCCAGAAAAGAUCAUCGGGGCAACAGAUUCCUGUGGAGACUUAAUGUUCCUAAUGAAAUGGAAAGACACCGAUGAAGCUGACCUGGUCCUUGCAAAGGAAGCCAAUGUAAAAUGCCCACAGAUUGUGAUAGCAUUUUAUGAAGAGAGACUGACGUGGCAUGCAUACCCUGAGGAUGCGGAAAACAAAGAGAAAGAAACAGCCAAGAGCUAAAGCAGGGGUGGCCUCAGUCAUUUCUCUUUGUAUAUAUAACACAUUCACUUCCCCACUGCCUCUCCUUCCCCUUCCAGCCCCACUACCCCUUCUGUCCUAAACACAUCCAUAAAAAAUGUGCUUAUUACUGUGCUACACAGAAGAAAUGUUGGUAUUGGUUCUCUCAUAACAUAACUGAUGGUCUGAUUCAUGAUGUGUCUCUAGUGAAGACCAGCCAUUUACAUACUGUGUGUAAUCCGCCCCAUUCUCCCUUUGCCCUGACUCCUCCCUUCUCUUCUCACCACCCCCCUCCAUGCCCUCCCCUAACCUUUGCCCCAAAAGAUGUUUAACUUUUUAAUCAUCUUAGAGUCUUGCUCUUUUUCAGGAUUGGAUUGGAGGGUUUUGUUACCAUGGUGAUCAUUUUAGUUAUUUGCUUUGGUUUCAUCCAGUGUGUUGAUGACCAACAGGCCUCAGGUGAGGUGUUGGGAUAGGCUGGGGAAUUUGGGAGAUCACGCAGGCGAUCCUCUGCCUGGUUUUUAUAAAGCCACUAGCAACUACCUACCUGCUGGGCUUUCCCCAGCCCCCAAGAAUGUAGUGUGCCCAGUGAGGUCCUGUGGGCCCUGCUCCCUAACCUCCCAAUAGAAACACUUGGGGCUCUGGAAACAUUACAAAAAUAUUUCCUGAAGUACCUCGGACCCCUAAACUCAUGUCUUUUAGCAGGCUUUGUUUGUAUCUGCAGAAGAGUCCAAAGUGACAGGAUUGUUAACAGUUUGAAUUGUUAGCUGUAGUGCAUGUGGAUGGGGAGGAACCCUAGUUCAUUUUUCUUUAUUAUUAUUAUUAACAUGCGGUAUAAAUAUUACUCCUUUCCCUUCCUCUUAUCUGGACUGUGUAUUUAUGUAGGUGUGAGUGACUACCUGGUGCUUGUGCCAAGAUCCUGGGUGUUCUCAUUCUCUCUCUUUCUCUCUCCCUCUCUCCAUCACUGCCAAUUCUUGUAGCCUCCCAAAGCAUUCUUUUUAACUACCAAAGAGGCUUCAAACCAUUCUCCCAACACUUUGUUCUCCUUACCCACUCCUAGGGAAGCUAGGUCUCUUAUGAUCCCCAUUCUCUCCACACACCAUCUUUAACGUGGAUAAGGGGAUAGCUCUCAGAGAAGAGCCAUUGGCUACAGCACCAGCUAUGAAGAUGUGUCGUAUUUAAGGUUCCAGAUAUCCUCACUUCCUGAUGUUGGUCUCCAUUUGUAUUCUUUCUUUCUUUCUUUUUGGUAAGGCAAUUGGGGUUAAGUGACUUGCCCAGGGUCACACAGCUAGUAAGUGUUAAGUGUCUGAGGCCGGAUUUGAACUCAGGUACUCCUGACUCCAGGGCUGGUGCUCUAUCCACUGUGCCACCUAGCUGUCCCUUUUCUUUCUUUUUUGAUGGGAUUUCCUCACUUGUUUUCUGGAAUGUGACCAUAGUAAGGAACUAGUUGGACAGAAGGUGGCUAGACAUUUGCAUCUUGACCCAACCUCCUGUUGACCUCCCCAUCAAAAUAGGUUCCCCUUUGGUUUCUUGGUGUAGUAUAGUCAUAUCCUGAUCCUAUCUUCCCUCCCAGCUAAGAAACAGGUCGCUUCUUUUUUUCUUUGUGGUUGGGGUUUAGCAGAUCAAGUAAGAAAAAGGAAAGAACUUAGGGGACCCCUAACCACAGUCCUAGUUCCUUAGAAACAUAAAGAAAUAUUAGAAUUAGCCUUAAUUCCUUAGGGAUCAGCUGCCCCUGGGGCUGGUUUUGGUUUUUUACACACUUAGCUCUCUGGCCAGGAUCAUUGCUAGAUUGUUCAGAGUAAAAGGAAAUAGAUAUCUUUCUCUAAUCUGUCGAUUUCUAAUCAUGCAUCAAUUCCUAGCAGUUCAGCUACUGGUCUGAGUUCCCUGAAUUUGUAUAAAUGAUCAUAAACACUAUACUGUACUUCAUUGUAGACACCCCAGCUGUUUCUUUCUGUAGCAGCCUGAUAGACAGGAAUGGUGACGCUUGAGUUGGUCACCAGAAAGUGUUCCCUGUUUAUAUGGCAGUGUGAUUUCGUGAGAACAUGCACUUCCUUCCCUCCAGUGGCUGGAAAGUUUUCAUCUCUUCUCUCCCUUUGCUUCCACUUAGCAGCAAGGACCUAAAUAAUCCAGGCACAAGAAAAAUUAAGAGUUCAUCAUACUUGACUAGGGAGGGAGGAAGAAAGAGAUGAUUCAAUAGGUACCCAAGGGCAUUGAUUAACUUACUCCUUUGUAGCAGGAAAAUGGUAGGUCCCAAACCCUCUGAGCAGGUGGGAUAACUCUGGGCUUGCUGCUGACAACAGUUGGGUCAGGCAAUCUUCUGAAUGAAAAUGGAACAGCUUCUAGGAGACCUAUACAAAGUUCAUCAGAAUCUGAUGUUCUUCUGACAAAUGAUUCCUUGGCUGUGCACUGCUCCUCACCACUUUCAUUCCCACUCUUAUCCUCAGUCCUGCUUAUUUUCUCCUCAUUCUGUUGGAUACCAGUGCCAUGCUGGAUCUUUGCCCAUGCUGCUUUCACCUCUGUCCCUAAACCCUUAGUUCUGUGAUAACUGGUUUUUCAGGAAUGUAGGGAGGCCCAUAGCCCCAGGCUAGGUGACUGGCUCUAGCCUCCUACUGUAGUCCAGUGGCAACAGCAGAUGUCUGCCCACCACCCUAGACCUUUUUUUUUUUUUUUUUUUAAGCAGCUGGUGUAGGCUUUCUGGGUCCUUGAAAGAGUAGCUUCAGGUAAGAGCAUAUUUCCUUGGAAUCCUGUGCCCUUGGCGGAGUUAAUAGCUGUGGCUU